GAUGUAGUGACAUAGAUGGUUAAGAUGUGUGAUCCGAUCAAAACACCUGGUGCAGUAGUAGAAAAUGGGCUUGAGUAGAACACAUGAAGUCGUCCUAGUACUCACAUACUAAGCAAUUUAGACAUUGGAAUAUAUUUAUUGGAUAUAUGGAUUAUGUUGACAUUGGAUAUGUUUAGAAUGGCUGCUGCACCAUAAAAAAUAAUUAUUCAACCCAUCAGUUAUAACAAUUUAUCUAAAUAGUGUAAGUUAUAUCGAAACAAAUGAUAUCACGCCACGAAUUAAGUUAAAAGGUUUCAAUAAAACCAUUGGGAAACUAUUUUUUCUGUCUGCAAAAUGCCUUCCUUCUGCGACUCUCCAUGCAUUUUGCCUGUGUUGUAUCCUGUGACCUCUCCCUUCUCUCGCCAGUUGGUCACAUAACAUAUGAAAAUGAAAUUCAUUAAAACACCACGUGUUUUUCCAUUCCAUUCAUGAAAAGUCUCUCAUCUCACUGCUGUGGCGUGUGUCGGUCAGGUAAAAGUUUUCCUUUGACAAAUACUGAGCGUGCGAGCAUAGCCCGAGUACACGUUUUAUUUGGAGUAAAACUACUAACGGGAAAACAUUUUCUCUCUCAACACCCAUACACGAAAGUUGCACGCGCUCUGCUUACUUCUAUCUUGAGGUUAUACUCUAAUGUAAGAGUUCUUACAUAGCAAAGUUUGGCGCAUGAAUUUUCCGACCCUAUACCUUGCGCGCUCGAUCGGCAAUGCGGCAGCCGGAAUUUUGGUGAUGUGUUCCGGCCACGAUACGAUUGCAAGCGUGAGCAAGCAGGCACGAUGGGAGCGAGUGUGAGUUGGCCACCGUUUUAACCCAUCACCGGUGUAUGCCGGUUUUUGGGUGAAGCAUCGAUACUUCGUCCUGGAACCAUCCAGUCUAGCACCGCACGCUCAGCUGCUCACCAGAACGUGUUAGUGCGAAAGGGGGGUUUUGUACUCUGGAUCCUGGGAGUUCGUCCUUUAAAGUACCCACCUUGGCCGGAUAUUGUUGUCGGUGGGGGGUGUUUUUUUUUUUUUGGACGAAUGGUUUCAACCAAAAAUCCUUAUCCGGUCCCUAUGCACCGGUAACGUGUACCCCGUGGGUGACGGAACUACAACGUGGGUCGGUUAUUGGGUUAAUGACCGGGCGGGGAGGGGAGUUGCCAACCGUUUGUCAGAGUGUAUAUGUGUGUUUUUUUUUGGUUAGUUCUCAAUCGUUGUUUCACGUGCCGUUGUUACAUCGGGUUUUAUCCGCAUUGAAGCCCCGGGACCAAAUCGGAAUGGAAGCUGUUGUGUGAGCUUGUAUAUGAGUGUGUGUGCUUGUGAAGGUACGGGGGCAUAGCUACCGUUGUUCGUUCGCUAUGUCCUGACUGAGUGAUUGAUUGAUUUUGGUUUAAUGUGUAUAUCGUGAAUUUUAAAAAGUGAGAGCUCGUCUUGUGUUUUUAUCGUGGAUGGAAUUCAACCGAUCGCACCCCAAUAGAAUACAGAAACCUUUACAUCGUAGCUAGAACUAAGAAACCUAAACAUCAGCAAGCUUAGUUAAAGCACGUCCCGAAAAUGCUAUCCUACUUGUACACCUACCUAACCAACCUGCCCCGAUGGCAUCUGGUAGCAAUAGUGCUCGUGGGUUAUCUCAUCUACUACCUGAUGGAAGUGGUCAAGCGCCCCAUUCUCGCCGUCUCGAAUGGACCGUUCAAGAAGUACCUGCGCAAACACAUUCCAACGUUGGAGAAUAAAUUUUGGCCCACGUUCUGGUGUGUGGAAAGCCGUGCCCAAACCGUGUUUGCUAGUAUCAUCCGCUCGAACAUUAUGCCGCUGGUCGAAUAUAGGCGCGAGGUGCUAACGCUCAAGGAUGGUGGACAGGUAGCGCUUGACUGGCUGGAAACGGGCUGUGAUCCUGAGUCACCGAUUAUCAUCAUACUACCGGGGUUGACCGGUGAAUCGCAAGCCGAAUACAUCAAGUGCCUGGUGACGGCCGCCAAUCGCGUCGGCAUCCGGACGGUAGUUUUCACCAACCGUGGACUUGGCGGUGUCGCACUGAAGACGCCACGGCUUUACUGUGCCUCGAACUGUGAGGAUCUGUCCGAGGUGGUAAAGUACGUGAAGCAGACGCACCCGCACGUACGGAUUGGUGCGACCGGUAUCUCGAUGGGUGGUUUAAUUCUGGGCAACUAUCUCGCCCGUCACAGCGAUGAGGCGAAAUCGAUCCUGACCGCAGCCACUAUUAUCUCCGUACCGUGGGAUGUACACAAGGGUUGUGCCAGUAUUGAGCAGCCCAUAUUGAACAACCUGCUCGGACGGCAUCUAGCCUCGAGCCUUUGCCGAACGGUAAGCAAGUACGAUAUACUGAGAGGCGAAGAGUUCGACUGGGACAUGAAUCAGGUGCUACAGAGCAAAACCAUCAAACAGUUUGACUCAGCGUUCACGUCCAAACAUUUCGGCUACAAGGAUGUGGACAGCUACUACUCGGACGCGACGCUUCACAACAAACUACACCAGAUUAAAGUGCCUUUGCUGUGUCUCAGUGCGGCGGACGAUCCGUUCCAGCCGCUCGAUGCGAUCCCGGUGAAGGCGGCCGCCAACUCGUCACACGUUGCCAUCCUGAUAACGGCGCGCGGUGGCCAUAUCGGGUUCCUGGAAGGUUGGUGGCCUGCAAACAAGGACCAGUACAUGGGCCGACUGUUUGGUCAAUACUUUUCCGCUGCCCUGUUCGAUCCGGACAAUGAGUUCUAUCGCACCGCGCAACUAAUGAUGGAGCAUAAUCUGACCACGUCCACAUCGGUGCCGGGAACACCGACCAGCAAACCAUCGAUGGCUGCCGCCAGUGCCAUACGGAAAAAGUCCAUUCCGUUUUAAUGGAGGUGCUGAUCUGUAGGCGGUAUGUGUGUGAGUUCGCUACGAUGCGGACAAAAUUCCAACCAAGCUACAAUGCCUUCAUUGCUUGCUUGCUAAAUGCGACAUGAAUUUCUGGUAUGGAAAGAAGUUCGCUUUCAAAGGUACGAUUGAAGCCGUUCCACUUGAUCGUACCGGCGCCAAAAAACGUUGACAGAUUGAUCCUGACAUAGUCGGCCCCUUGUCACGUGCGCGAUCUAAGCAACGAAUGUAGCGGAAGCAGCGUUUGGGCACCAUAAAUAUUCGAAAGCUGAAUCAUGCAGGGUGCGUAGUAUAAUAUUCUUUCCUCUAGCCAGUUAAUUAUUACGUCCAGCCGGCGUUUGUCGCCGCUUUUAAAAGCCCACGUAAGCAUGGCACAAUUUGCAAUCGAUUGCAGAGGCGGUUGUUAGGUUGCAGCAAAAACAAAUGCAUGUGAUAAAGAUGAUAAGGCUCUGCCGCAUAACAAUAAAACAAAACAGCCAGCUGUUGCAUUGCUCUUUUGCCCUCGUGUUAGCACUUUUUCCAAAUUGAAGCUAAAAGAAGAUAAAGAAAAAAACGAACAAAAAAGCGAUUAAAGCGAUUAAUACAUGAAGCACUCCACUUAGGACGAGAGAAUAAUCAAUUUAACGCUAUCAGUAUAGGUAGAAAGAAAAGAACAGAAAAUUUGUAACAUUUUUCUCAGGAUUAACAUUUGAACCAACAAACAAUAGAAACACAACUAGCAAACUCAAUAGAUCAAUAGAGCCUGACGCUGAGCUUGGGCGAGAUGCUGGUUAUAAUAUCGACAACGAAUGUUGCUUUACCAGUGAAGCACAAACUGCGUAAGCUUAUAUGUUCGUUUCAUUUCAUAACAAUAUCCAACAAUUGCCCCGUUUUUAAUGUUAAAUAAGUUAACGAUGUUACCAGUUUACUGUCGGCCGUACAAUUGCUUUCCUGUGUUUUUCUUUCGGUGGUGCUUUUAGAAAAGAAAAACAAAAACCAAACAUUCGUAGCAUAAAGUAAGUGUAGUGUCUUAAACAUUAGCAAACCUGCCUAGGGCAAUACUGUUGCGAGAAAAGACUUAUUUAAUAACAAAAAAAAGAACAAACAUUUUGUUUCAAAGCAGCAAAAGGUUGGACCAAAACCCAAGACUUUCUAGAAGAGAGCGCGGUUCGUCACUUGUUAUUAUAUUAGGGAAAACUGUUGUAGUUGCUACUAUAAUGUAUAUGAUUUCUGUUCGAAGGAUCAGUUAUGUUGUGCGGUUGAUGCGUUCAUAGUAAACCGUAUUGCAUAAGCAAGAAAGGAAGGAAUAAAAUCGUUCAAGUUUGCUAACUACAUCCAGUAUUCUUUGUCUUGACGAUAGUAAAACUACGCCAGGAAGUUUUAUCUAGUAAUAGACGGUUGUUGAGAGUAUGAAUUGUUCUAUAGUUUAAAUGAUCUUUAGGUAGUAGCGUAAGAAUGACAUGAAUUCAAACGAUAAUAAGUAGAAAACAAAACGUAAAAAUAGCGAACCGAAAGACAAGCAAUCUAAUUAAUAAAUAAUUAACAAAUGCUAGAUUUAUGUAAAGUACCGCGACAAAACAUGGUUCGCCGUUAGGUAGCUCAACACGAAACAAACCUUUAGCCGUAACUGGAAACGUUAUACCACAACACUUGUUUACAUAUCCUUGCAAAUUAAUCUUUAAAACCAUACAAACGUAACGUUGUUCGCGCGCGGCUUUGUUAUUGCGAACGGCAAGUUUUGGUUCGGUGCGCUUUGCACAGCAAAAGUGUUUACGAGUACGAGUGAGAUUCUAAUCAACUUAUGUCCAGUUAGGAUGUUUCAUCUGGUCGAGAGUAUUGAAAUGGAAUAAAACCAAAUGCAAUAAGGCUAUGUUGCAAACAAUGCACUUUUUACUUUUUGGGGUUUUAAAUUACGCAUUGCCCAUUGCCCAAUUGGAGAGGCACGCGCACAUUGUUCGUUCUGAUAGUUUAGUAACGUUUCAACGUUUCACAUUUGUACAAUCGAUUAAAUUGUUACAAAACGAAUGUUAACAUUGUGGGAUGAAAAAGCUGUAAUAAACAGAGAACAAGUUUCUUUUACGAUUGAAAUAAAGAUAACACUGACAUUAGAAGAAUGCGCAGUUGGUUAGAUACAGACGCUAGAAUUAAA